AAAGGCAGGGCAGGAGGCGACUCACAACAGCGUCACUAAAUCAUUCUGUCUCAGCCCUGUUCCCGGGAGAGGGUGGGUUUUUUGUUUUUUUUGAUGGAUUAAAUUAAGCGCUUCCAUUUCCGUCCACCACCUGAUCGCUGCAUUAUAAAUCCGAACAGCUGAUCCGCGAAUCUUCAGAAAUUCAGGACCGCGCAAAGGAGGCUGCGGCAAGGAAGCCUGGGAGCUGUCCAGUGCUGAACGAGAGACCCCCAGCCAGCAGGACCCCCCCCCCGCCCGCUCCGCUCCGCGCACGCACACGCCGCCGCCGCCGCCGCCGCCACCUCCCCGAAGCGGAACGAACAAUACGAAUUGCAGCACACCCAGAGAGAGCAGCUGAGCAGGAGCAGCCGCGCUGGAGAGGCGGAGCGGGGGGCGGAAGGCCAGCAACAAGCCGGCGGAGCUGGGGGUGGCGGCGGCGGCGGCGGCGGCGUGCGUGCGCGUCGGGCCGAGCGGAGGAGCGGCAGGCCGGGCCCGCGCCGGGCCAGCGCCGCCGGGGAGCGAGCCAGCCGCGCGCCGCUCUCGCCGGGAGCUGUCCAGGUGCUGAAGCCCUCCCAGGCCGCCUCUUAUGACCCAGCGCGGCGUCGGCGGUAACCUCUCGAACUCAUGGUGGGCUGCUGCUUCUGAGGCGCGCUGGAGGGCGAGCGAGAGGCCUGCCAAGGCGCAGCAGCUCGCCUCCUCCCUCGCACACGAGCCGCCGCCGCCGCCGCCGCAGCUGGAGCAGGCAGGACCGGCUCGCGGCGCAACCGCCCAGGCUGGAGACCGCCGCCGCCGCCGCCGCCGCCGCUCCGUUCAGGGGCCGGGAAGGAGCGAGCCCAUCAACACCCCCAAGCCAUAGAGCCCCGCGAUUGCCAUCCUUGAGUCGUCUCGGUGUUGGCGUCUCUGGCUUUUUUUAAAACUGGUGUGUUUUUUUAAAAAAAAAUAUCUUAUUUUUGUACGCCUCUUUAUUUCAUUUUUGUUGCUGUUGUCUCCUCUGUCCCACUCCCCGCCGCCGCCCGCCGCCCGCCGCCCGCCGCCCGCCGCCCUUGCCCGUGUGGAUCCGUCGGCGGACGCUGCGGGAGCUUUCUCACAUUGCGGGAGAGUUCAGAAACCAUGCCAAGAUCUUUCCUGGUGAAAAAGGUCAAACUCGACGAUUUCUCUUCGGCGGACCUAGAAAACUCCUACAGCAGAUCGCGGACGGACUUCAACUCCCGGCUCCAUGACAAGGGAGGCUACAUCAGCGAGUACAUCACGCCGUCGUCGGUGUACGAGGGCGAGAGCGACAGCGGCCUCAAGGUGCCCUCGCCGUCGGGCGUCAUCUACCCGGGGGCGCACCACGGCGACUAUGGCGCGCCAGACUCGGACCAGCCCGACAGCCCUCACUCGGAGCUGGCCGGGGGCUACAUCAACGGCGAUGCGGCGGUGAGCGAGGGCUAUGCCGUCGACGCCUUCUUCAUCACCGACGGGCGCUCCCGUCGCAAGGCGGCGGUGGUCGGCAGCGGCGGCGGCUCCCGCUUGGGCCAGCAGCAGCAGCAGCCCCCGGCCCCGCAGCAGCCCCAGCAGCGGCACACGUGCAGCGAGUGCGGCAAGACGUACGCCACGUCGUCGAACCUGAGCCGCCACAAGCAGACGCACCGCAGCCUCGACAGCAAGAUGGCCAAGAAGUGCCCCACCUGCGGCAAGGUGUACGUCUCCAUGCCGGCCAUGGCCAUGCACCUGCUGACGCACGACCUCAAGCACAAGUGCGAGGUGUGCGGCAAGGCCUUCAGCCGGCCCUGGCUGCUGCAGGGCCACAUGCGCUCGCACACGGGCGAGAAGCCCUUCGGCUGCGCGCACUGCGGCAAGGCCUUCGCCGACCGCUCCAACCUGCGCGCCCACAUGCAGACGCACUCGGCCUUCAAGCACUUCAAGUGCAAGCGCUGCAACAAGACCUUCGCCCUCAAGUCCUACCUGAACAAGCACUACGAGUCGGCGUGCUUCAAGGGCGCCGUCCCGCCGCCCCUCAGCCCGGGCCUCGAGGCCUGACCACGCGGGCCCCCAACACUCAGCACAGCCCUGCUGUGGGGGACGCCCCUCGACGGAGCGGUCGGCGGCGGCGGCGGCUGCAGGGGCGGAAGGGCCGAAGAGGAGGCUUGGCCGCGGGCGCCUCGCUAGCCCAGGGCAUCGCAGCGGGGUCCCCGCCCCGCCCCGCCCCACAGCCCUCCCCUCCCCCGCCCCCGCCCCCGCCCUUCCUUUGGGCUUUCAAAAGGGUCAACUUGAAGCAAAACGCGAAGAGAGAUUUGCAGCCCUCCGCAGCAACCAGUGGCCACCAAGUGUUCACCUUGACAGGUAAAAAACAAGCACUGUUAACCCUUCCUACUCCUGCUAAGCAUAAGAAGCCUAAUAAGCUGAAUAACAAUAACGAAGAUGAUGCAUUCUUCAUAAUGAAUUGCGUCAGGCGAGCGAUUCUCUUUUUUAUUGUUUGAUUGAGUUUCAAGACUUUUUUUUUUUUGCUUUAAAGCGCCUGAUUUCUAUUUUCAUAAGUGUUUGCUUUAUUAUUUAUUUAUUUAACUUUUUAAAAAAUAAGGGAAAGAAAAAAUGCGAAAGUAUAUGUUUAACUUGGAGGCAUUCUUAUAUUAUUUAUCUAUUUAUCUAUUUAUUUAUCUAUUUAUCUAUUUAUUUAUGGGGGGGCUCCCCCCUCCCUUCCGAGGUUUACGUUGCCAUUCGUGUUCCAGGAGCCAAUUUUUGCACCGCUGUGGACUUCCAGUCUGUACGUUUGUUGCCAAGACGUUUUUACUAUGCCAAAGUCUACGUCACUUUUUGAAGGGGGGGGAACGAGGAAACAAACACGAGGAAAAAGGACUGACCUUUUUUUCUUUUCCCUCCCUUUCUUUCUGUUUGUGUUGGUUUGGGUGGGUAAUAGUGGCCCUCCCUACUAACACGGAUUUUUUGCAUGCGAGAACAAGAAGAGCGUAUUUAAAAUCUAUGCCAAUUUGAUGAUGCUUUUUAAAAUUAUUAUUAUUAUUAAUUUUCAUUUGUAUAACAAUUUUAAGUCACUUUUUUCCUUUGCCAAACUUUUAGAUAAGAAUAGUCUAUUUGAGGGCAAUAUUCUCCUACUGAACUAAUAGAAGCAAUAAUUAACGUAAUGCAUGUUAUUUUUAAGACAAUAGUAUUACUGAGGAAUCAGGUACAUUUUAAUCCAAUAUUCUUAAUAGCAACGGAUAUCAGGGACUUUGCCAAUGUAGUGAGCUAGAAUUAAUACGGCGAAUCUUCCUUCUCUUCUUAAUGAAUGCACACUGCCUGCCUUCUUCGACUUACUUCCGAGUAGCUUAGUCAACUCUCUAGGCUUGUAGCGCUUGCCUUGCCGGGAGAUCUACGAGCAAUUAAUCCCCCGAUCCCUUCUUUUCUAGCGAAUCUGCAAGGAGUGUCCACCUUGGCUUUAAGAGGCGACCCUGCCGCCUUCACUGACCAUCAGCCCCCGCCCCCGCCCGCCAUACCCGUCCAGUUCUUGGAACUGGGCUGGCUUUCAUAGUUUUUGCUUGGAGGGGGGGCGUGUUUUCACCCCACUCGAACCAUCUCUGGCCCGGGCCUCUCCACCCGGAGCUGGUCCAAGGCGUUUCGCCACCUCAAUGGGUUGCAUUCAACAGGUGUGCCCCAGAAUCCUUGGCAAUUUCGCAAAGGACGCCGGGAGAAGUCAUUCUGGGGUCAUCCUGGAUCCCCUGCCACAUUAUAAAGGACCCUGAGCCUGCGGGGCUGCCUGCUACUUCCUCGACCCCUCUCCCUCCCCCACAUGCAAACACAGGAGACACAGCUUAACCCCCUCCUCACUCUUGCCUGCCUCCAGCCCACCCUCACUGCAGAAGGAUCCUCGAAAUCACUUGGGGGGGGGCGCGGUGCACCGGCCCACCGCCUCCGCUCACGCCAUCGCCUUCCUUUAGGAAAAAGAGAACCCCUCUUAAAGCCUCGUGGACAGUCCUGCUUUUUACCUAUAAGGCACUUCUUCCUCUUUUAGGUCUUUCCAUUUUAUGAAUAACUUAAGAAAAAUAGACAGCACAAAAGAAUAAAAAAACCUUAAUAGAAUUCAGGUAGAAGGAACUUGUAUUAGCUAGGACCUCCUGUUUUUGUACUUAAGAUAAUGAAUAAUGCUACUAGGACGAUGAUGAUGACCUUCUCCUACUAAUAACUGCUACUAAUCCUCCCUCUGCUAAUAAUGAUUUUAAACAAAAUGGGAAACUAUGAACUACUGUAUAUUGCAAGAAGCCUUGUAAAUACCGUUUGGAAAUUUACACGAAUUUUUACAAGCUGUAAAGAAUCUUAAGCCUGUUUGUGGAAAAAAAAGAGGAAAAAAAAAAGAAAAACAAAACUUUUCCCUGGGAGAAAAGACAUAAUCCUAAAUAUUACUGAUGAUGAUGAUGAUGAAGCAUAAUGUUGAGCCAGGAUGUGACUGAUGUACCCUAAAGCACAAUAUGCGCUGCACAAGAGGUGUCCUCGAGCACUGCACCAUUAAAAAACAGAAGACAAACUUGCCA